AUGGACGACCCGCUGGCGCCGUCGGACGGCUACUCGGCGGCCGCCAAGGCGCGCGCCACGAAGGAGCAGCUCCUUGCAGAUCAGCACGAGAGUCGCGUGGCGAACAGCAGCGACGCGGCUGACCUGCAGGCGGCGUCCGCGCGCGAGAAAGAUGAUGUGCGCGACGGCGCGGGCGGCGAGGCUCGCGGCGGAGGCGGCGGCGAAGGCCUCGCGGACGACGAGUUCUACGCGGAAGGCAUCGCCGCCGUGAGCAUGAUUGAAGACGACGAGCUGGACGCGCCCCUGAGGAAACUGAGCUGGUGGGCGGCGCUGCUCCCGCAGACCCGCGGCGAAGUGAUGACCGAGCUAGGCGGCAGCUACCUCUUCUUCAUCCACGGAGACUCGCUCAUCCUUCACUUGCUGCGGAAGAACUACGUCGACUUGGACGUCGAGCAGGGUGUGCAGCCGCUGGUGUACAUACACCUGAUUGAGAAGCAGCUGCUCGCGCUGCUUUCCGCGGGCGCGAUCUUCCACCUCGUCUUCUUCCGCGUCUUCGAGGACGUGGCUGUCGGCGGCGCCCGCGACGCGCGCGACUCGGUGCCGCCUGUCUUCCUGCUCAUUCGCGAGCAGCUUCUUCUGCACCUGGCGGUGAUGAAGAUCGACUUCACGGUUUUGGACUCGUGGUUUUCCGACGACUGGAAGGCACUCAUGCGCCGCAAACACCCGACUUUCCUCCUGAUCGACGACCUGCACUUCUCCAAGGAAGAAAACGGCGAGCCUGAAGAAGAGGAGGAAGAAGACGAAGACGCGGAAGAAGAUGAAGAGGAGGAAGAAGAAACGGCGGCGUGGGAGCUCCCCGCGGGCGUGCCGGAGGCGGUGGUUGCCCUGCAGAAGCAGACACGGAAGCGCGUCGAGAGCCGCGGCCGCGAGUGGGUUUCGUACCUGCUGCAGUCGCUGAUGCUUUCUUCGCUCUCGAGGAACUUGCACGUCGCGAUGAUGCAUGGCUGCAUCUACAAAAAGACAAAGGCGUACUGCCUAGCGAUUGCCCCGACCGCCGCUGCCGCCCUCUGGGUUCAGCUCGAGCGCCGCCGCAAGGAAGACGAAGAUCGCCGCAGAGAAGAGGCCCACGCCAAUCAGCGCACACUCGAGGAGGCGCUGCCGAGUGGCGACGCCGAGGGCGACAACGAGAAUGGCGAGAUUCAGGACUUCCAGGCGCGCGAGCUCAUGCUCAAGGCCCUGGAGGUCUACGGUGAGCUGCUGCUGCCUGCGGAGAAGGACGAAGAAGAUCUCGCCAAGGAGAAGGAAGAGGAGACACAGCUCCUCGCAGACGUUCGAAAGCUCGCCGCCACAGGCGACGCCGUGAGCAGCCUCCGCCACCUCCUCGCCGAAAAAUUCUGCCUCUUCUUGAGGGCAAUCGCCGCAGAGGAAGAAGAGGAGGGCGAAGGCAGCGAGCAAGUUCAACAGUUCCUCGCUGUCGGCAAGAUGCUGUUCCUCUCGGCGACCGUCAUGAAGGAGCUCUCCGUCGAGGAAAGAUGCCAUCACACCGUCUCCUCGAAGGCCCCCUUCAUCACGGAGUACCUCUACGCGCCGCUCAAACUCUACAUCGCCGAGGCGACGAAAACGCUGCGCCAGCUGCGGUCGCUCUACACCACCUCGCCCGACGUCGCCGAGGAGCUGCGCGCGGCCGUGCUGCAUCCUGAGGAAAUCGCGGACUUCUUCGAUGGAAAGCUCUUCUUCACCUUGACAGCCUACGCGUGCGACUUUGCGCGCUCGUCCUCCAACUGGGACUUGCCGGCAUCUUUCUUCGGUUUGAGCCCGGUAGCGGUUGAGCGGCUGAGCGCGGCGUUUGCGUCGCUGGCGGGCGCGGCGUCGGGGGCGGAGUCUCUGAAGGCCUUUACGCAGCCGCUCUUUCCGCUGCAUCUGGCGCCGCUCGCCGCGCAGUUGGAGGCUUAUCCGCUGCCUCUGCCCACGCCCGUGGCUGCGGAGGACGAGCCCACGCCGCACUUGCUGAGCGCCCACAACAGCUUCCUGCUCAAGUUCCGCGCCGCUGGUCCCGACGGCGCGCUGCCCUUCGCGCCGACCGCGGCGCUCGAAAAUUCUGCAGACGUGCGCCGGCGCGAAGCCGAGAUUCGCCGCAAAGGCCGCGAAGAGGACUCCGGAGAUGAGCAGGAGGAAGCGCGCGAGGAACUCAUCGACGCCGUGGAACGCGACGCAGACGCCACCUUCAGCGAACCGCCCCCCGACGGCGUUCUGGACUUCGCAAAACUCCAAAUGAACUACUUGAACAGCCAGGAGUACACGCCCACGGAGCGCGAACUGCAGCGCAUGGAAAAGAUGAACGGCGAACAGAAACGCAAACACCUCGACAUGCUCGAGCGCAAGCGGAAGCAGCAGCUGCAGGUCACGAUUCGCCGAAAGGCGAAGAGUUUGUGCCCGUAUCCGCUGCACUUCCCGAUCUCGGGUGCGUUCGACGAGCGGCAUCCGUGGAUUAAAAUCGAUGCUGAGGAGAAGGCGAAGGAAGCAGAGCAGGCCGCGGCGGCCGGCGCCGGCGAAGCCAAGACCGCGGCGCAGAAGAAGAAGCUCGAGAAGGAGAAGAAGGCCGCUGGGAAGCGCGAGGUGAACGGCAAGGCGAAGGAGGAAGCAGCAAAGCCAUUGAAGAAAGCUGAUCUAAUUCGCAUGAAGAACGCCGGCGCCCUCGACAAGAAAGUACAAAACCUGGACGCAGAGCGCCUCGCCGAUCUCGAAAGACGGCUGGAGGCGCUGUGCGCGGAGUACACCGCGCUGUCGAGUCGGUCUUCCCUGCUUUCCUCCUUUUCCCACAACGGCACGACGUACAGCAUCAGCGCCGCGAACCUCCUCGCGCUGCUUCUCGACGUCCUCGUUGGUCCGAGUCGGCGCAUGUCGCUGCUUCUCAACUUCCCCUACGUGGUGCAGCUGCUGAAGAUGCGAGACGCGCAGCGCAGCUUCAUCAUGAAAGUCCAGCGCCUCGCCUCCGACGCCUUCGCCGGAUUCGACAAGGAAUCCAUCAACUCCAAAUCGCAUUUUGCAGACAUGCAGCGGCUGUUUUGCGCGGUAUUCCGCAUCAACGUGGAGUCGUUUCGACUCUUUAAGGGCGAGUUGGAGGGCGCGGAGAUCGAGGCGAUUCAGCGCUCGCUCCUCUCGCUCGGCUUCCAACAGUCUGCCGAGCGCAUGUUCACCGAGUGGAAGGAAAAGCGCGUGUUGCAUCUCGCGGCCGUAAAGGAACAAGAAGCUGAAAAGGCUGAGCAACAAAUGCUGCUCGCCGGAGGCGGAAGAGGCCCCAAAGGAAAAGAGAAAAAAGCUGCAAAAGCGGACAAAGCCGGCAAGAAGGGCGAUGCUGCCUCAGAGAAUAAGGCGAAGAAGGACAGCCUGGCGGCGCUGGACGUCCAUCGCGUCUCUCGCGCGGCGCUCUUCGACUUCCGCGUCAAGAAAGGCUUUGAGGCGCAGGCGCAGCUGCGCUUCAUGGGUGGCGACUUCCAGCGCACGACGGGCUCGCGCACCAAGAAGGACUCCCGCGUUCUCUUCACGCCAGACUACUGGCAGGUUCGCUUGCUGGAUUUGAUCGACAGACGCGAGAGCGUCUUUGUCACGGCUCCAACGUCUAGCGGCAAGACAUUCAUUUGCUUCUACGCGAUGGAGCUCGUCUUGCGCUGUCCCAUCCGCGGCGAAAAGGCCAUCGACAACGACGCCGUCAUCGUCUAUGUGUCGCCCAGCAAAGCUCUUGCCGACCAGGUUUACGCCGAAGUCCACGGUCGUUUCUCGAGUAAGACGUACUCGGCUAGCGGGUCAGGCAAGUUCCUCGCCGCGAACUUCGUCGAGCGCCAAAACACCGAGCCGCCUCUCAACGCCCAGGUCAUCGUGACCCUUCCGCACAUCCUUGAGAUGCUUCUGAUGAGUGGCGCCUUCGCGCGCUGGAAUGUGAAUCUGCGCUACGUGAUUCUGGACGAAAUCCACUGCAUCAGCGAAGAAGAAGGAGGCUCCCAGUGGGAGCGCCUCAUCAAGCUGCUGCCUUGCCCCUUCCUCGCCAUGUCUGCGACGGUCGGCAACCCUGACUCGUUCCUGUAUUGGAUGCGGAGCGCCAACCCGAGCACGCCCAUCACGCACAUCGACUACAAAGAGCGUUUCUCCGACCUCCACAUGGUUCUCUACCACGAAAAGAAGCUCCUCCCGCUCAACCCCGUCUGCUCCGUCCACUACGACAAGGUCAAGCUCGGCGGCCUGGCCAGCGACUUUUACGUGCCUCCCAACGACGGCCUCAGCGUCUACUUCAUGAUUCGGUCGCUGCUCGGAGAGAAGCAUCCUUUCUCUGUCGAAUUCUUCCCAGAGUUCUACUUUGAGGGCUGUGCGGCUAUCACGAAGAAGCAAUACAGAUGGUAUUGGAACGCGCUGCGGCACGCGCUCGUGGACCUGGUGCAGACUGAGGGGCUGACGGCUGCACAGUUCGCCGAGUUCCAGCGCGGCCUGCAGGAGGAGCCCGGCGUCCUGUGGACGAAGGAGUUGACUUUCUUCGAGAACGUCGAUACGCCCAUGGCCAUUGCUGUGCGCAAGGCGAUCGCGGCUCAUGAGGAGAAGAAGGAAGCCGAAAAGACGUCGGAGGAGGGCGAAGACCGCGGGAACUACCUGGAGUCGGUCAUGGAGCAAACCGAGUUCUCCAAGGCCUACCUCGACCCUGAUAACCUCAUUGCGCUCUGCCGGCAGCUGGACGCCGCGGAGCGCCUCCCGUGUUUGAUUUUCAACUUCCAUCGCCAAGAGAUUCGGCAGAUGGUGCUGUCGAUGACGAAGCGCCUGAAGCAGCUGCAGCUCGACAAGUACUACGGGACAGAGGAGGCUGCGUAUCGCACGCGUCUCGCCAACAAGAAACGCAUGGAGCAAUACCAGGCGGCGCUUGCGCAGAGAGAGAUGGAGGAAAAGAUGCGCGGGCUGUCGUGGCAGCAGCGUGAGGCGCAGGGCAUCGGCAAAGACGAGGGCGGCUCGAUGGAGGACGAGGGCGUGCCGCCGCCGCCGAUAGACAUCGCCGAGGAGAUCGACCCCGAGUUCUCCUUCGCGUCGCUAAAGGCCAUGGGAACGAACUUCGACGACAUUAAGGACAUACUCGAGCGCCUCAAGCGCCGCGCGGUUUCGGCGACGGAUCGCUUAUUGGUGGAGGCGCUGCGCAGAGGCAUCGGCGUCUACGACAACGGUUUGCCGAAGGCCUUCAGAGAGGCUGUGGACAUCUUAUUCAGAAUUGGAUUCCUCCGCAUCUGCAUUUGCAGCAAUGCCCUCGCGCUCGGCAUGAACAUGCCCUGUAGAACUUCAGUCUUCGCCGGCGAUUCCUUCAUGCUCACUCCGACCAUGUUCAAACAGUCCGGAGGUCGCGCAGGUCGUCGUGGCUACGACGCCGCGGGAUACAUUCUCUUCUGGGAGAUUCCUUUCAGCAAGAUCAACAGGCUGCUCGAGGCGCGUCUGCCGAUCUUCGGCGGCGACUUCCCUGUCACGCCGAUGUUGACGCUGCGGACGCUGCGCUACCACGAGCAGCUGGAGCAGCUGGCGCUCGAGGGCGACGUCCUCGAUGCGAAGAGCGUCGAGCGGUGGGAGGCUGCGUUGCUGCGGCUGUACCUCUGCCCUCUUUUCGCCGUCUCGAAGGACAACACGCGUCCCAGUGUGGCGUACGAGGAGAACCUCAGGCUCUACGUGCGCUUCCAGUUCAGGUUCAUGACGGAUUUGCUGCAGCGUCUGGGCCUUCUGCACGACGGGCGCAUUGAAGACGGCGGCGGCCACGGCAUCAGUCUGUGGGGUCACAUGGCUGAGCUGAGCUACCAGCAAGAGACGGCGAGCUUUCUGCUCCAUUUCCUUCUCUUCUCCGGCCUGUUGGAGCGGCAGCUGGCGUCGAAGCGCAGCGAGAAGGCGCGCGUCGGGCUUCUUUUGCAUUUCCUGGCGACGUGCCUGUCGCAGCAGAACGUCACUUCGGGGCAGUUCCUUCGCCACCAACUGCGCCACGAGCGAACUAUGGCACGCGUGCGCCAGGAACCAGGUUUCCAGAAGGGCGUCUCGGUAGCCUCCGAGGAGAGCGACGUGCCGCAGUUCCGGCCGUUCAUGGCGCUGCUGCCCGAGGAAAUUGAGCAGGCGAUCCAAUCCUACAACGAAAUGGCUUUCUUGACGUCGGUGCGCUGCAUGCGGGCGGCGGGCACUUUGCUGGCGAAGCGUGGGACGACGGACGUGGAGCAAGGGCACCCGGUGCCCUUCUCGCAUGCGUUCUUCCCGCGCGAGACGCCGAAGGCGAAGGAAGAGGCGUGUCGCGCAGAGAAGACGGCCGACGGCCUCGUAGACCGCGAGGCCUCCGAGUUCUUCUCGCGGUUCAAAGAGCUCGUGCGCACCGGCUACAUUCGAUCGCCCUACACAGCGAUUUGCUGCCGGUACGACUCCGACUUCCGGUCGCUGGCUGAGCUGCAGGACUGCGUGGGCGCCUCCACGCCCUUCUACCCUGAGACGAUGAGCGCCGAGCUCCCGUGCAACUACACCUGGCUGCGCUACUGGGAUGCGAAGCUGCGCCGCGAAGUGAAGGCGAAGGUACGCAGCCAAAACCACUACUUGCUCGACUUGCGCGCCACCGGCACCUUCAGACACGUUACGCGCUACGACGAAAUCAGCGCCGGAAAAAUCUGGUUCCUCAUCCACGACUUCGUCGACACCCUCAUGUUCCUCAAGCGCGCGCCGCGCGAAUGCGGUGACAAGAAUCCUGUUGUGCGUUCGGUGAUUGAGAACUUGCAUGAGGCGAUGUACGAGAUCUUUGAGAAGGAAAGCAAGAAGUAA